AUGGAGCAAAUGUCUUUUGGAAACAAAUGGAGGAAAUGGAUUUUUGGAUGUUUGUCUUCGGCACGAGCUUCGGUUUUAGUGAAUGGGACCCCCUCCGAUGAAUUCCCAAUCACUAGGGGAGUUAGACAAGGAGACCCCCUAUCACCUUUUUUGUUUAUAAUUGCAAUGGAAUGGCUUCACGUUGCAAUUCAAGGUGCGUCCGGCAGGUCUUUAAUUCAUGGAGUAAAGCUUCCAAACAAUGGUCCUACUAUAUCGCACCUGCUAUAUGCAGACGACACCAUAUUUUCAGGCAUGUGGGACUUGGAGAGUAUUCAAAAUCUCUCUCGGAUUCUUAAAUGCUUUGAAAUAUCAUCAGGACUCAAGAUCAAUUUUCACAAGUCACGAUUGUUUGGAAUUAAUGUCUUUGAUUAUGAGCUUCAAAGUAUGGCGCAAGUCCUGGGAUGCCUUAAAAGCUCUUUUCCUUUUAUAUAUCUCGGAGUUCCUAUGGGGGCUAAUAUGGCGUUAAAGAAUAAGUAG